AUGAGUGACAAAGACAAAGGCUCAACAAGUACAAAGGACGUAUCUCAAAAGGAGAAACCCGAUGAUGAGCCGGAAGUGGUGAAAUUCUCUCCCGAGGAGGAAGCAGCCCUCCUCAAAGAAUCUCACGCCAUCAAAGCCGACGCCAACUCCCUCUUCGCCUCCAAAGACUACCACAAUGCCCUCUCCAGAUACGACGAUGCCAUCGCAUCAUGUCCCAACUACCUCCACUAUGAGCGCGCCGUCAUCCAAAGCAACAUUGCCGCAUGCCACCUGAAAGCUGAGCAAUGGAAAGAAGCCAUCAAAGCCGCAUCAGAUGCCAUCGACGGCUUGGCAAAGCUAGAAAGCGAGUCAAGUCCAGCCGACCCCAAAGAGGACACGCCAAACAACCAAGAUACCACACCCGCUGAAGAAGAAGACGAUGUGGAAGAAGAAAUCGUCAGCUCUGGCGCCGCUCGCUCCGCAUCCGCUCAACCAACCCCAGAGCAAGUAGCCCUGGAGAAUCGCAAAGCAGACAUCCUCCGAAUCCGCACCAAAGCCCUGCUUCGGCGCGCGCGCGCCCGCUCCGAGGCCGGCGGCUGGUCGAACCUCGCCGGCGCGGAAGAGGACUACCGCGCGCUCUCUCAGAUGCCUGGGCUGACGCCGGCCGAUCAGCGCACCGUUCGUGCACAGCUCAAGGCCUUGCCGUCGCGAACAAAGGCCGCUCAGGAGGCUGAGAUGUCGGAGAUGUGGGGGAAGUUGAAGAGUCUCGGCGAUGGUAUUCUUAAGCCGUUUGGGCUGAGCACCAAUAAUUUCCAGAUGGUCAAGGAUGAAAAGACGGGAGGGUAUAGCAUGAAUUUCUCACAGGGAGGUUCAUCGUCAUGA